AUGAGUUUACCACUUGAUGAAUGGGUAGAGACCGUUAAGCAGUGCAAGUACCUGCCAGAGAAUGACUUGAAGAAGCUUUGCGAUCGUGUCAAGGAUCUUUUGUUGGAGGAAUCAAACGUACAGCCAGUGCGCAGUCCAGUCACCAUCUGUGGUGAUAUCCACGGUCAGUUCUACGACCUGUUGGAGCUGUUCAAGACUGGUGGUGAGAUCCCAGAUACCAACUACGUCUUCAUGGGUGACUUUGUCGAUAGAGGAUACUACAGUUUGGAGACAUUCACAUACUUGUUGGCUCUCAAGGCUCGCUACCCAGACAGAAUCACUCUCUUGAGAGGAAACCACGAGUCAAGACAGAUUACUCAAGUCUACGGUUUCUACGAUGAGUGCCAACAGAAGUACGGCAAUGCCAACGCCUGGAAGUAUUGCACCAGUGUCUUUGACUUCCUUACUCUUGCUGCUAUUGUUGAUGGAAGAGUACUCUGUGUCCACGGUGGUCUCUCACCAAAGGUCCGCACCUUGGAUCAGAUUAGAAUCAUCUUGAGAAGUCUCGAGAUUCCUCAUGAGGGUCCAUUCUGUGACCUUAUGUGGUCCGACCCAGAGGAGAUUGAGCAGUGGCAGCCAUCGCCAAGAGGCGCUGGUUGGUUGUUUGGCUCCAAGGUCACUCAGGAGUUCCUUCACAUCAACGGCCUCGAGUUGAUCUGCCGUGCACAUCAGUUGGUACAGGAGGGCUAUAAAUAUAUGUUUGACGAGUCACUGGUGACAGUAUGGUCAGCGCCAAACUACUGCUACCGCUGUGGCAACGUCGCCUCCAUCCUGGCACUGGACGAGAACCUGGAAAAGAACUUUAAGAUCUUCCAGGCCGUGCAAGAGGAGAGAGCCGUCCCACCUCGCACCACCAUGCAAUACUUCUUCUAA